AGGCGGGAGUUGAGGUCUGAUUCCGACAGGCCGGCAGCUGAGUUCCCAGCGUUCCUAUUGGGUCAGCACGGGAAGGUACAAGAUGGCGGCGGUGCCAACUUGCGGCACCGGUGCCGGGGGUACUGGUCCUUUGGCGGCGGCAACCAGCAAGAACAACGUGACCAGUUUCCAGAGGAAGGGUUCUAGAGCCAGCGGUACCGACAGCGGUGGCUCUCGCCUGGUGUCCAUCGCGGGCACACGGCCGUCGGUGCGGAAUGGGCAGCUGCUGGUAUCAACCGGGCUUCCAGCCCUGGACCAGCUCUUAGGUGGAGGCAUAGCUGUUGGAACAGUUCUUCUAAUUGAAGAGGAUAAAUAUAAUAUUUAUUCACCUUUGCUCUUCAAGUAUUUCCUGGCAGAGGGAAUCAUCAGCAGGCAUAGUUUGUUGGUGGCAUCUGCUAAAGAAGACCCUGCUAACAUUUUACAGGAACUUCCUGCACCAUUUCUUGAUGAUAAUUGUAAAAAAGAAUUUGAUGAAGACGCAUGUAAUCAUAAAACACCAGAACCUAAUAUUGAGAUGAAAAUAGCUUGGCGUUACCAGUUAUUACCCAAGAUGGAGGCUGGACCAGUAUCAUCUUCAAGAUUUGGUCACUAUUAUGAUGUUUCGAAAAGAAUACCCCAAGAGCUAAUUGAGGCUUCAAGAUGGCAUGGAUUUUUUCUUCCGGAAAAAUUAUCUUCAUCUCUUGAAGUAGAACCCUGUUCUCUGGCCCAUGGCUACCUAAAGCUGCUGAAGUUCAUUCAGAGCAUCAUUUAUGAGGAAGGAUUUGAUGGAUCGAAUCCCCAGAAAAAACAGAAAAACAUUUUAAGAAUAGGAAUUCAGAAUCUUGGCUCACCUUUGUGGGGAGAUGACAUUUGCUGUACAGAAAACUGCAGCAAUAGUCACAGUCUUACCAAGUUCCUCUAUGUUCUUCGUGGUCUUCUGCGAACCUCCCUUUCAGUCUGCGUCAUCACGGUGCCCUCACACCUUAUCCAGAAUAAAGCAGUUAUUGCUCGUGUUACAAAUUUGUCAGAUACAGUAGUUGGACUGGAAUCAUUUAUUGGUUCUGAGAAAGAAACCAACCCUUUAUAUAAGGAUUAUCAUGGUUUGAUUCAUAUUCGGCAGAUUCCUCGGCUUAAUAACUUGACUUGUGAUGUAUCAGAUGUGAAAGACUUAGGCUUCAAAUUAAAAAGGAAGCAAUUCACCAUUGAGCUAAAGCAAAAGGAAGAAAUGAUGAAGUAAGAUUGCUGAACAGAAGAUUUCAAAGGGCGGCUCGAGAAGACAAUAAAGUAUUACAAUGACAUGGGCAAAGACCUGGAGAUAGAAAACCAAGAGGGAAAAGCAUCCUUGGCAUUUUCUCAAGCUGAAAGAACUGAAGAAAAAAAUCAAGCAUUAAGUUAUAAUAGUGAAGGAUUCUACAGGGAAAAUAUUAAAUGAUGCAGGAGGCAUCAAAAGAAGAUGGAAAGAAUAGACAGAGUCACUCUACCAAAAAGAAUUGGUCGAUGUUCAACCAUUUCAGGAGAUAGCAUAUGAUCAGGAACCGAUGGUACUGAAGGAAGAAGUCCAAGCUGCAGUGAAGGUAUUGGCAAAAAACAAGGUUCUAGGAAUCGACGGAAUACCAAUUGAGAAGUUUCAACAAAUGGAUGCAGCACUGGAAGUGCUUGCUUGUCUAUGCCAAGAAAUUUGGAAGACAACUGCCUGGCCAAUUGACUGAAAGAGAUCCGUAUUUAUGCCCAUUCCCAAGAAAGGUGAGCCAACCGGAUGCAAAAAUUAUUGAACAAUAUCAUUAAUAUCACACGCAAGUAAAAUUUUGCUGAAGGUCCUUCAAAAGCGACUGCAGCAGUAUUUCAACAGGGAGCUACCAGAAAUUUAAGCCAGAUUCAGAAGAGGACGUGGAACCAGGGAUAUCAUUACUGAUGUCAAAUGAAUCCUGGCUGAAAGCAAAGAAUACCAGAAAGAUGUUUACCUGUGUUUUAUUGACUAUGCAAAGGCAUUCGACUGUGUGGAUCAUAAUAAAUUACUAAUAACAUUUCAAAGAAUGGAAAUUCCGGAACACUUAAUUGUACUCUUGAGGAACCUGUACAUGGGUUAAGAGGCAGUCAUUCAAAUACCACAAGGGGAUACUGCGUGGUCUAAAGUCAGGAAAGGUGUAGGGUUGUAUCCUUUCACCAUGCUUAGUAUGUAUGCUGAGCAAAUAAUCUAAGAAGCUAGACUGUAUGAAGAAGAAUGGGGUAUCAAGAUUGGAGGAAAACUCAUUAACAACCUGUGAUAUGCAGAUGACACAACCUUGCUUGCUGAAAGUAAAAAGGACUUGAAGCACUUGCUGAUGAAGAUCAAAGACCACAGCAGGCAGUAUGGAUUACAUCUCAACAUACAAUAAAAACCCUCACAACUGGGCCAAUAAGUAACAUCAUGAUAAAUGGAGAAAAGAUUGAAGUGUCAAAAAGCAAAGAUGUCGCCUUGAAGACUAAGGUGUGCCUGACCCAAGCCAUGGUAUUUGCAAUCACAUCAUAUGCAUGCAAAAGCUGGAUGAUGAAUAAGGAAAACCAAAGAAGAUGCCUUUGAAUUACGGUAUUGGCGAAACAUAUUAAAUAUACCAUGGACUGCCAAAAGAACAAACAAAUCUGUCUUGGAAGAAAUACAAUCAGAAUGUUUCUUAGAAGCAAUGAUGGCAAGACUACAUCUCACAUACUUUGGGCAUGUUAUCAGGGGGGAUCAGUCCCUGGAGAAGGAUAUCAUGAUUGGUAAAGUAGAGGGCCACUGGCAAAGAGGAAGACCCUCAACAAGACGGACUGACACAGUGGCCGCAACAAGGGGCUCAAGCAUAGCAAAGUUUGUGAGGAUGGCACAGGACCAGGCAGUGUUUCAUUCUGUCGCACACAGUGUCGCUGUGAGUCGGAACUGACUCGAUGGCACCUAACAACAACAACGAUAGAACAUUUACUUCAUAAACAUUUUAGAAUGUUAUAAACAUUGUAAAAUAUUUUAUUUAAUAAAAGAUUGACUGCAGAGCACUGAAGACACAUUACUUAUUAAAAUUUGGAAAAAAAUUACCUCUGAGUUGAUGUGUUGAAUUGCGCGCUGUAGGCAUCUUAAUAGGAAAACCUUUAAGUGUGAUGCUACCAGUCAUCACCAUGUCUUAGACUGACACAUUUUCUUUAAUAAAUGGUAGAAAAUAGGGAAAUAAUAUAUUUCUAUCUAAUCUGAAUAGAAGUCUAGAUUAUGAGUAUAUUUAGGAAGGUAUGCCAAAACACUUGGUAUGGAAAGGAAAGUCUCAUUUACAACACUGUUGAUAGAUCAUUUUAGCUUGACCAGCCAACCCUUUUCCUUCAUUUUACCAGUUAUGCAAUUUUAGGAUUGGAAGUAAACGGAGUUAAAACCUUCUUUCUUACAGCAUUGGGAUUUUCGUGUAAGGCCUGUUUGAAAAAUGCCGGGGCGUGAUUUUUCUCUCAAACCUGAAAGAUCUCACAAGAUUAAACAUGAUUUAUUCAGGAACGGGAACUCUAAAAGAAUUUAUUUUGACUUUUUAGAACUAAAUUGACAUUCAGUCCAUGCUGCUAAAACAAAACUGAAUGCUACUUCUUUAUGUAAUGUCAGUAACAAUGUCUUCAUUAAUUCCAGUUUCUAGCACCUGGUAAAAAAGUACCUGAGGUUAUAAAGUAUGUUAGGUGUAUUUGUACAUGAUACGGUAGCAACAUAACUUUGAAAAUUACUGCAGCUAAGUGCUUCAUAACCACUGCUACCCUCCUUUUUCCUGUUAUUGCUAAUACUGCUAAAAGGUAGAUAUUUAUCCAUCUGGUUUCCUUGACAUAUGAAAUUUUUUUUUUAAGCAGGAAAAAUGGUCACUGCCAAAUAGAAGUAAAGAGAGAAAGUGGAGGAAGGAAAAGGUUAUGACAGACUGAAUGGACAGAAGUUUUUCCCCUAGGAGUCGUGAGAAAGUAGUGUGAUAUUACAGUGAUUAAUGCAUUUAAUCUUUUUUAAAAUAUAUCUAUAUAUUUGUAAGCAUAUCAUAAAACAGUGGUAGUUGUGUCAGAACCUGUCUAAUUUUAUGAGGGAUAACGAGAAUCACCAUCAGCACAAAGCUGUAAUGCAAUGCUUUUCACCAAAUGUGGGAAAUUUGGGAGCCUUAUUUCUUCAAAGAUUGUUUCUACUCUUGUAAAAUGGUAGUAGUAGCAUCAGAACCUGUCUAACUUCGAGGGAAUAAUGACCAAGAUCAGCCCAAAGCUGAUUCCCAUGAGGUGGAGGUCAGACAUACCUCCACCUUCCAACCUUUUUAACAAUUCUUACACCAGCCAACCCUCCCACUCUGCUUCUCUGGUUAGUUCAGUAAUUCAUUACAUUGGCCUCACAGAACUCACAGACCAUACUUAUAUUUAAGUAGUUUAUUAAGAGUACAGCUCACAGUCAGGAACAACAGGCUACAUACAACUAACUCAGGAUCAGGAUCAGGAAGCGUGUAGGCAAAGUCUGGAAGCCCCCCUCAAAGUGGAGAGCACAUCCCUUCAGUGCAGGACAACUCUUUCACCUCCCUCCGGGCCUUAGCAAACAAGCAGGCCCUUCUCUCUGCAGUGAACACCCCUCUCAGCCACGUAGGCCUCCUCACAGACCCCUCAGGAGAGGCUUCUGAGCCCCCUCAGAACAGGCUCCUCUCAACCCUCUGAAGACAGGUUGCUCUCAGACCCCUCUGGACAGGCUCUUCUUGAACCCCUCAGACAUACCUCUCUGCUUUCAGCCUUCCUGCUGUCACCACCAACUCUACUGGAAGGCCCCUUUCAGGCCUCUCACCACUGGCUCUACCACUGGACCCCUUCUGGGCCUGUAGUCACCAGCUCUGUGGCAGGCCCCCUUCUAGGCCCCUUGCUAUCUUUAAUGUUACAGCCCUUGACCCCUUUACAGCUCUUUUAGGAAGUUCCUUGCCUCCUCUCUGUCUCUUCUCUCUUGCCCCUUUCUGCUUCUUCCUGCUUCCUGUCUGAAAAACCUCUGAGAGGUUGGCUGCAUAUAUAAACAAACUCCUCAUCAGUUUCAAGGCAUGGUCCUCCUAACAAGGCUUCAAACUAACCAGUUCCCUUUCUGCAGGCCAUAGACACCUCAUUGCAUAGUAGGCUAUAGUCACUUCAUUUGCAUAAGAUAUUAACUAAUCCCUGCGAGGUGCAUACCAGUCACAGGGCAGGCUAUAGCCCAGGACUAGAAAAAAAGUAUCAAAUGUAACAAACCCUUUAGGGUAGAAAACUGGGGCAAAGGUAAAACCUUAGGGUUUAGGUGGAAAAUCUCUCAAACUUUUUCCAAAGAACAAGGCAAAAGGCCACAUAAAGGAACCCAUUUCACCACACAUACACAAUGUUCAAGUUAUGAUGUAGGCAGUGUGGGAAAUACUAAGUUGUUUCUAUUCUCACUUUACCUCUUGGGUACUUACACUGUAGAAGUUAUAAAGAAGUGGAUUACAUAAUCCCUCCCCUCUAAUAGACUGUAGACAUAUAGUCUUUGUAGGGAGUUUAAAGAUUUUUUCCCUCCUUAAAGAAAACAAUCACUAUUUGCUCAACAUCCAAUCUGACAAAAAAUCCUAUUUACUCUACGUUUAAAAUAUGUUCAGAGUUUAACCAGUUCUUACCAUCUCCAGGGCUACUUCCCAGUCCGAGCCAUCAUCAUGCUUUGCCUGGAUAUUCAUAAUAGCCUCUCAACUAAAAAACAAACAAAAAAUAGUUGAAGUCAAGUCGAUUGUAACUCAUGGCAGUCACAUGUGUGUCCAAGUAAAACUGCUCCAAAGGGGUUCAGUGGCUGAUUUUUCAGUAUACUGACCCCAGCUUGAACCACAGUAGGUCUGUUUCAGUUGUUUUCUGCAUCACUUAAAGUAAGCAUUUGACAACUAUUAAAAAAAAACAGUUGCCAUCCAGUUGAGUCCAACUCAUGGUGACCCCCCAGUACCAGAGCAGAAAAGCACUCCGUGGGGUUUUCAGUGGCUAAUUUUUCAAAAGCAGAUCCCCAGGCCUUUCUUCUGAAGCACUUCUGGGUGUAUGAAAACCUUCAGCCUUUUGGUUAGUGGCCGAGCACAUUAACCAUUUGCACGUUUUUGACAGCUAUGAAGUGUUUAAAUCCACUGUCCUUAAAUGUAAGAUUAAUGCUAUUCCAUAGGCUACACAGAAGAUGAAACUACCUCACAGAAAGCUUCUUUACAGAGUUUAGUCACAAAAUUCUUAAGGAAGGACUCUAAGGCACAUUCAUUUUAUUUAAUGGCAAGUGAUAAUGUUGGAAUGAGGCUUUUGGAUAGGGUUUUGUUUUGUUCUGUAUGUUUGCUGAAAGUUUACAGCUCAAGUUAAUUUCUCAUUCAAAAAUUUAUACACAUAUUGUUUUGUGACAUUUAGUUGAAUCCCCACCAUGUGACAGCAUACUCCGUCUUUCUACCCCAUAUUUCCUGUGUCCAUUAAGCCAAUUCCUGUCCCUUCCUGCUUUUGGACAGGAGCUGCUCAUUUGCUUUCGUAUAUCCGAUUGGAUCACUACCAUCACCCAUUGCCAUCAGGUCAAUUCCAACUCAUAGCGACCCCUGUAGGACAGAGAAGAACUGCCCCGUAGGGUUUCCAAGGGGUGGCUGUGCCACCAGGGCUCCAAACUAUCGAAUAGGGAUUUUUAAAACUCAAUUAAAGAUAUAAUGAAUGUAUUCUGAGGAGCUCAGAGCUUCCCAGGUGCGUAUUUUUGAUGUAUUGAUUAGUUGUUAGAAAACUUAGGGCAUGAUCAUACAUUUAUUAACCUGUGGUUAAGUUUUCUUGAUUGAACCUAUAAACAUCAGUGCAUCCGGGCUCAUUAAUGACAGCUGGAAUUAACCAGCAAAAACUAACCUCUAUUUUUACACAAAUUCACACUCAUAUAUUUACUUUUGUUUUUUCAGAAUUUAAUUUUGUGUCAUGAGGGGAUUUGGGGAGAGGAUUUUAAGAAAGUUUCAGGCUUUUCUCCUUCUAGAACAUAUAUCCAAACUGAGCAGAUAGAAGCAUUUUUAACUCAUUUAGAAGCAAAAUAUAAUUAUAUUUAGUUCUACACUGGUAAGGGGUUGUCUGGGAGGGCAGCAGAAGCGUUCAUACCAUGUAGAAUUGUUUGUAAACAUGAAUACUACAGUGUAUUCUACUUAGUAUUACAGUCUAAAUCAAUUUAGAAAAAUAUUUAAGUGCCUGCUGUAUAUAAAGCAGUCCCUGGGUGGUAAAAGGAGCCCCGGUGGUAGCUAAGAGCUAUGACUGCAAACCAGAAGGUCAGCAGAUCAAAUCCACCAGCCACUCCCUGGAAAUCCUAUGGAGUAGUUCUUCUGUGUCAUAUAGGGUCGCUCUGAGUUAGAAUCACCUUGACAGCAAUGGGUUUGGUUUUUUUGGUUUGGGUGGUGAAAACAGUUUGCCUUCAACUAUUAGCCUAAAGGUUGGAGGUUCAAACCCACCCAGCAGUACUAUGGAAGAAAGGCCUGACAAUCUGCUUCAAUGAAGAUUGCAGCCAAGAAAACACUGUGGAGCAAUUCUACUCUGUAACAAAAGGGGUCACAAUGAGUCAGAAUUGACUUCAUGGCAACAGGUUUG